AUGACACUGAUAAGGCCAAGACCAUUUUAUGACCGCCAAUCGGAGCCGGUGGCAAUGCGGCUCAAAUUCUCCAAAUUUUACUUACUAACAGGUUUAACUGCAAUAAUUCUACUAUUACUCGGCAUUUUUACAUGGAUAUUUUUCGGACGAAUUUAUAAUAGUGAAGUUCAAAAGAAUUUGUUUUUCUCGCAAAACAGCGAUUUGAGCUUCAGCUAUUCGACAUGGCUGUUCACUCAUCCCCCAAUGAGGAACACAAUGAAAUUUUUCUUUUUCAAUUUGACAAAUCCCGACGAGGUUAAAUACAAUGGCGAUAUUCCUCAUGUUGUUGAAGUUGGUCCAUUUAUAGCCAUGGAAAGCGAAGAGAAAAAAUAUGUUGAAUGGUCUAAAAAGAGUGAUAUGAUGUUUUAUCAAAACUACAAAAAAUAUGUGCUGUCAAGUGAGAAUUCGUGUCAGGAUUGUAGUUGGGAGAAGAACAUCAUAUUUCCAAAUCCUCCAGGAUUGGGGGCCGUCACCUCAAUGAUCGACCCUCAAUUUGAAAUCAACAAAAUGGGACGAACCAUCAUUGCAACAUUUCUAUUGCUUUCCGGCGAGUAUCCGUUUGUUUCGCAUAAAGUUCGCGAAAUUUUAUUUGACGGCUAUGACGACGCACUUCUCUCCGCGGCGCAUUCGAAGCUCGUCGCGUUGAUCUCUGGAAUUUUCAAAGGCGAUCAAGGAAGCAUUGUGCCGAUUCCAAUACCCGAUAUGCCGCGCUUUGGCUAUUUUCAAGGUUAUAACAACUCGAGGGACGAAGAAUAUUGGGUGAAGACUGGAAAAGAUGACAUCAAUAAGUUGGGCGAGAUUGUCAGCUGGGCCGGAAUUAAGAAGCUGCCGAGCGCUUGGUGGUCAACCGACUAUUCGCGAUCAAUUAGGGGAAGUGAUUCGGGCAGUUUCAAUCAAAUGAAUUUGAACGAGUCGUCAAAAAUUGAAUUCUUCAUGUCAUUCAUGUGUCGAUCUUUCACCAUGUCCUAUAAAGAGUCAAAAAUGAUACAAGGGAUACCAUCGCUUUCGUUCAACGUGCCUUAUGAUGAAUGGGAUACAACAUCUUCAAAAAAUACUGGAUUUCGGUAUCGCAACAUCGAAAAACGGAACUAUUUUCCGGAUUGGCCCACUUGUCCACCAAAAGGGAAAUGCGAGCAGUCGGGUUCAAUCGAUUGCUCGAAAUCUGAAAAUUUUUGCCAUGCCUGUUGCGACGGCUCAUUGUAUAAUGGAACAUACUUGCUGCCGCCCGGAAUGUUUCCGCUGGUUUGCUAUCCGGGCCGAUUGCAGCCGUCGCCGUUUUCCGUCAUUUAUUCGGCGCCGCACUAUCUGUUCUCGCCGCGCGAGGUUUUCGAAACUGUUGUCGGAAUGAAGCCGAACGCCGAAUUGCACGACCCGAUGAUAUAUUCUCAUGAGCCGUACUCCGGGACAGUUGUCGAAGUGAUCAAUCGAAUGCAAGUCAACAUGCCAGUAAUAAAAAGCCAUGACGUUCCAUCGAGCAUGAAUAUGCGAGAUAUAGUAAUCCCACUAUUUUGGCAUGAGUCCCACGCGAUUUUGUCCUCAUUCGUUUAUGACAAACUCUGGAUUGGUUUCGUGCUAGUGCCAAAGCUCGUCACCUCGUUGCAAUUCAUAGCAAUUGGCCUAGGCUUAUUAAUUUUUGCCGUAUUAGCGUUCUUCAAAUUGCGAUCAAUCAAAAAACAAUAA